ACCGCGUUCAAGUCGGCUGUCGGGAACUGCGAUCCACCAAGUACAUUUCAGACGGCCAGUGCACCAGCAUCAACCCACUGAAGGAGCUGGUCUGUGCUGGUGAGUGCCUCCCGUUGCCACUGCUCCCCAACUGGAUUGGUGGAGGUUAUGGAACCAAGUACUGGAGCAGGCGGAGCUCGCAGGAGUGGAGAUGUGUCAAUGACAAAACUCGCACCCAGAGGAUCCAGCUUCAGUGCCAGGAUGGAAGUAUAAGAACCUACAAAAUAACUGUGGUCACAGCCUGCAAGUGCAAGCGAUACACCAGGCAGCACAAUGAGUCCAGCCACAACUUUGAGGGAACCUCUCAAGCAAAACCUAUCCAGCACCACAAAGAGAGGAAAAGAGCCAGUAAAUCCAGCAAACAUACUACAAGUUAGAAGCCAGACAUUCUCUCCUCUCUCAUCUCCUUCUCCCUGUGCCAAAACUGAACUUGCCUGUAACCAUUUGCUUUACCAAUCUGACUGCUUAAAGACAAGUCUGCCAUUGCUGCGUUCUCAGUUGACACUACACGCUUACUGCUUUGACCAAAAUCAGAAGGGGCAUUCUCAGCAUAUGGACCUUUUGGGUGAUUUUCCAAAUGCUCAAGAUGGGGAGUAGCACAAGCCUUCCAAAUCCACAUAAUAAACUUUUACAUUUUCUCCAGCCAUGGAGGCAAAGAAAUUUUGCCAUGAAUAUUCACUGACGUCUAUUUUGUAAAAAGAUGGUUUGUUGUGUGUUUUCAUGAGAAGUUAUCACAUCUAUUGCCUUCUAGACCAUGUUUUAUGAACUUCUGACAACAGCUUAAAAAUACAGCACCUAGUAUCUGCUUUCAGAUUCAUUCUAAAAGAAAUGCCUUGCAUGUUGACCUUUCUCUUAUCUCAGUAUAUCUAAAAGUAAAAUAUGCAUGGCAGCAAUCAAAAAGUAAAGCUGAGCAUACUAUUUAUUUGUUGUUGUAAUUAUUUAAUGAGCUUUUAUGUAUGUUAUGUCCUUCCAAAAUGUUCUUCUGUUUAUAGCUUUUCUCAUGUAUCAAAGUAUUUUCCUGUGAUUUGUGGCUGGAUUAGAACAUACAUUUUGUAGAUAAUGUAAAAUAGAUAUUUUAGCAUUCUUGUUAUAUAUAUUUUAAUUUUGAACAUUUAUAGACUUAGGUGUUAUUUUGAAGUAGCAACAAUUUUUUUUUUUCAUUUUCUGCUCUGUAUUGUUUUUGUUUAAAAGUGUGCAAUCAAAAGACAGAUAUGAUGACUUCCUUUCAAAUAUAUUGUUGGUGUUUUUUUGUUUUUUUUUUUUGUUUUUUUUUUUUACAAAAAUAAACAAUGCUAAAAA